UGGAUAAUGGCGGACCGUCAAAUCUAGCCAACCGCCGUCCUAACUCAUCAUUAAAGCCGGGAAACAUACACCGAAAGGCGGGUAGCGGGUACAAUAAACUUUUAGGUAGAGGUGACAGAAUCGCCAACGGUCCGAUGUGUCCAGCAGUCAGGAAGACAAUGUGGACUGAUGUCUCUGAAUAAAGCUGCUGGAAAGUUGGCAUAGCGAUGUGUAGUCGCUUGCGAAGUGAGGCGGGGCCACCAGCCUCUGUCUCUUCCCAGGCUGCCCUUGUUGGGCAAGACAACAGGAGAGAGAUAUCUCAUGCCUGGAAUUGUCUAAAUCAGACCAAAGCUGCCUUGCGACACAUUGAGAAUCGUCUGGAAGCAGCGCCAGGCACUGGAGUGCUUCUGGACUCCGUGCUAGACACAAAGAAAGCAUCUGUGAGUGGGGGUCGGAAAAUAAGGCGCAGAGAUGGGGAUCAUGUAGAGGAAAGUGGAUCUAAGUCCAGAACACGGAGUCGACGCAGUCCAGACAAAAGUUCCCGCAGUCCCUUGAGGAACAGCACUCUGGACAGUAACGCCAGAAAACCCAGUGCAGUGGAGUUCAGAGAACCACUCGUUUCAUACAGGGAAGCAUCACCGCUGUCAGUGCCCCAGACCCACUCUGAACCAGAAGCCCAUUCCUUACCAACAGAGGUGGGCAUCCCUGAGCCUAACUUUGCACUAAGCCAGCUGGUCUAUCAGCGUGACACCCGAGACAUGCAGACUGCAGACCUGGACAGCCCACGCUCCUCAGCUGUUGACAACGCAUCUGUACGCUACCUCAAUGACCUGUCUGCUCUCAAUGGCGUUCACCAACCUGACCAAGCCCCACAAUGGUCAGAGGUCAACCCCAGAACACACUUACAGGCUCAGACAUCCCAGACUUCCAUGACAUCUAUCACCGGUUCAGUCACAGCUUCACUACGGCUGGAGAGCCUGCGACGUCGACAACCUGAUGAAAAGCUGGAAAAGCUGAAAGACAGAAUCCGCAGACAGAGGGAACAUUUGGAGGAGACAGAAGAAAGAAACAAUCUGCUGGGAUACUUGGAGCAACCUGUGGGUAUUGGGGCGGCAGCACAUAGUACCACAGUACCUACUGCUAAAGUUCGGAAAGUGGCCCCAGCCCCUCCAGCGCCCAUUUACAAAGGCUUCAACACCUGUGAGACUAAGAUUCGCACACCUGAUGGGAAAGUGUGGGCAGAGGAGGACUUCCAGAACUUAAGCAGGGAAAUAUACAGAGACCUGACAAAACAACUUACAGCAGAGAGCACAAAACCAAAGCAGAGGCCUGCUGAGCGAGACAGGGUGAAAGAGAAGAAACCAUCUAAGCCUGUUAGGAAAGUACACAGAUCUUCCUCUGCACCGGACUCAAAUACUAAACCAGCAAUCAGCACAUCAUCGUGGCGAGAUGGGCAGAAGCUGGUGAAGAUGAUGCUGGGGCCGCCGCCACGGUUACACAGAGAGUCUCGGGCGCAGUCCUCAGAGACACAGAUGAGAACAGGAUCUGGUCCCCGUUCCAGCUCUGAUCCUCGUCUUGAGCGUAGCUGGCGUUCAAGGACCACCAGUGCAGAAAGACCUCACAGUCACGUUCUUUCAGAAGAGCCAGCUGGACCUUCCAGAUCAACGGGUAGUGAUAGAAGAAAAUCUCCCAGCACAGACCUUCUCUCGGCUGAUAUCCGUGGCAUCCUAGAUGAUCUGCAGUUGGAGGAGGACAGCAGCAGGAGGCCAGAAGCACCCUGCUCGAAAGUCCAUGCUUCAACCAGAGUUUCUCGUAGUGCCAGCCCUGCCAAGACUACCAAGAGAGCAGAUCCUCCUGAGCAUCCUGUGGCAAAGAAACGGCACUAUGACGCAGAAGCGGUGCGACUGUAUAUUGCUCAAAAACAAGAAGAAAGGAAAAAACAGCAAGCAGAGGAGAGGAGGGCUCAGAGGGAGGAGGAAGAGAAUAAAAAUAAACGCCUACAGGAACUUUACAGGAGACAACGAACAGGGGCCACCAAGGGCCCAGUCGCACCUGAAGGUCCAAUAAAGAAGCGGCUCCAGGAAACAUACACCAAACUUCUGCUGGAACAGACUCAGCUCAGAGAAGAGAUCAAUGGUGGUGCCAUAACUAACAUAGUCCAGCAGCCGAGACCAGUAUACCAGCCAUCUGGAGAGUCUGAUAAAGAAAACAAAAGACAUGAUCGACCACAAAGUGCUACCUCCAGCAGUGAUCUGUCUCUUACAGAGCAAUGUCAGCCUCCUUUCUCCAGGAAUGGGUUGGGAUUUGCAGGGUCACCCUGGCUCCCAUCUGACCAGCGUAGUCCUGCUCUGAGGGUCAGCAGCUCCCUAGUGCCCCCUUCUGGCCAUAUCUUCUCUCAGCUGUUAGAACUUGAUCCAGAACCUUCACUACCUAACAGAGAGUUCCGAACUGCACAUGCGGCAUUCCCCUCAACCACAGGCCACAAAAUGAGCCGUAUUGAGGCUCUUAAGGCCACAGCUGCCUCUCUCUCCAGCCGUAUUGAGAGCGAGGCACGUAAGAUAGCCGGUGCCGGAAUAAACUACGGUUGUGCCAGGGAUACAGGCAUGGGUCUUUUAAUCCCUAACGAUGACCGCUGGGCUAAACCUGUCAGUCCGCCAGUCAGAGAGAAUCCAACAGAUUCUGAUGACCUGGUUGAGAGGAUUGAAAAACUGCUUGCUGAGGGUCAGAGCACCUAUGAUCAGGCCCUUCCAGGUGUAGGCAACCUUCACAGCAUUAGGGAGAGGAUGGAGACUGGGAACAAACAAACACUCAUGCCUUCUGGCCACACUUCUAGAAACACAUGCAAGACCCCUUCUCCUCCAAAGCCCGUUGUUCAGGAAGUUGAGCUGGACUCCAGCGGAGGUUCAAUCAGCGAGGGUCCUUUGCUGAGUGAGGGAAGUAUAUCUGACGAAGACCUGCAAGAGCUGCCCAAAUCCAGACUGGAAACCACAGGAUAUAGUGCACAUCUGAAUGGAGACAGUUUGAACCCAAUUUCACGCUUUCAGAAAGAGGCAGAGAAGCACCUGCCCUUUAAUGUGUCAAGUCUGGUACAAGGAGGAAGCAAUGGAGCGUGGGAAGAACUGGCCAAGGGAAGUCCACACAGUGUUAUCAAUAUAUUUACAAAGAACAUGAGUUACAGUAAAGCGUUUGAAGAGAGGGGCGGUAAGAGUUCUCCGGCUCUCCGCACUGUUCUGUCUGGUGCCAGCUCAUUGGAUGGAAUGGUCUAUGAGGAAGACUUUGUUUCCUCACAUGCCAGUAGCCAAUCAGCAUCCAAGAGAAGUCCCAAUGGGCUCAGUAAUGGCCACUGUCGGUUCAGUCCUUCAGACGAGGUACUAAGUGGCAGAUUUGCAUACAGUAACAGAGCUGGGGAGAGAUCUCAACAUUCACCAGCUCUCACACCUCUCUCCUCUCCACACUCAGCCAGCUCAAGCAGCAAGAGAGCUUCAGAAAGGAGCCUGCUGGAGGGACAAAGAAACACGUCCUCUGCAGUCUCUGAUCUCCCUGCUGAGAGUUUUAAGAAGAGUGGCUCAGACAAAGCAUCCAGUCGCAGCUCUCACAGGAGCUUGGACACAGACAGUACACUCGGGGGUGCCUCAGUCCACUCCAUUCAUAGUUAUUUUGGCUCUGAGGGAAAGAAAUCUCCCCGAAGCCCUCGUACAACUCCUGCCGCUGGUUCUCCAGCCAGCUCUGGUUCUUCCCGGUUGUCUCCAGGUGACAAUAUCUCAAUCAGAGGGUCCACCCAAGGAUCGGGCUCCCCUCGCACAGCUCUGCCCAGUUCCUCCUCCUCCUCCUCUUCAGCUGCUAGGGCUAAAUCCAACCCCUCACCCCAUACUCAAAGCCCAGGAAGAUCAGAGCACAGGACUGCAGGCUCAGCGGAGCUCCAGUUUGCUCCUGGGGUCCUCCAGCAGCGUCUGUCUGCUGAGCUCAGUUACCUGGACGCAGUGGAGGAGUCAGUGCGACAGCUCAGUGAUGUGGAGCGAGUGAGAGGCGUGUCUCUCGCUCAGCAGGAAACAGUCUCGCUCGCUCAGAUUCUCAAGUCUCAGCAACAGAGGCAUGAGCGUGAACUGUAUUUGCUAAGGAUGAAGGCAGAGCAAGAAGCCCUCGAAACACAACGGCAACUGGAAGAAAGCAGACAGAAAGCUGCACGGACCCAUGCAGAGCUGCAAGAGAGUUUGCUCCAGUCUCAACAGCAGGCAUUAGGAGGUUUGCAUGAGGCCACAAACAAGAUGAUAAACCAGCAGACUGAGGCUGCACACCACACAGCUGAAACAGCACGACACAUUAAACAGAUGACUGAGCUGGCUCAUUCACAGAUUGCAGGAGCGCUAAGUGUUCCUGGCCCCUCCAUUACGACCCUGUAUGAUCAACAGAAACAGCACACCCACGGUUUGAAACAGCAGCAGCCACUCCCCCACACGGACAGUAGCUGGAAGAGUGAGCUGUCUCCUGAGAGACAUAAGAGUCCAUCAGAGGUCGAGACGCCACCAGACAGCCUCUCAGAGUCCUUCCUUUCCAGGAGACCCACCAUCAGUGGUGGUGACAGCAGUAGUACCCAGCUAAGUCCACCUCGUUCUGAUCAAAAGGAGAGGAAGACAGCAGGAAAAGACAGGAGCAGUAGUUCAGUGGAGGACCAGGCUCACACCGCUGCCGAUGACUCCCUUUGCUCGGACAUUGUGCGCAGCCCGCUUGAAGAGAAAGGUAAAGCUCACAUUUUUGCGGAGAUCAAACGACUGCAGGAGGCCAAUAAAGCAGCGAGGAGAGAGAGACAGCUGCUCCUCAAACAGCAGGAGGAGAUCGAAAGAAUGCGACACACAACACUCAGACUCAAAGAGAGGCUCAAGAGUGCCGACACAAAGCUGGAGUCACCCGUAUCAGGUGUGGCAGAGGAGUCUGCUCCGCCCAGUGGGAUUGUGACAGACGCAGAGACCCGUAGUUCCUCCCCCAUUUCUGUGUCGGGCAGUGAAACCAGCAGCAUCAUGCAGAAACUGAAAAAGAUGCGCUCUCACAUGGACGAAAAACACUGUUCUCCUGUCCAUUAUUUCUUCUCUGUCUUUACGGCUCAUCACUGGGCCUCUCUGUCUGUCUGUCUCCCAAAACUCAACCCCAAAUUCCAGUUCUUUAUCUACAGCCAGUUGGUCAGGUUUCUCACUAAAAGGGAGCAGCAGUUGAUGCAGAGGCGCAAACAUGCAGAGGAACUUCUUGAGUGGAGGCAGCGGUUGGACGCGGAGGAGGCCGAAGUGCGCCGCAUGGAGAAACAAGCUCUGGAAGCCUGGGAAAAACAACAGCAGCCACGCAACCGAACACCACUGCAGCAACGCAGCUGGGAAAGUGAGCACAAUAAAACCAACGGUGGACAAGAGAGUCCCACAGGACAAGAAGCAGGCAGCGAAGAUGAUGGCUCCCCAGCAUUGUCUGUGUCCAGUGUGCACACUGAUUUGUCUGUUCCAGAGCAGCUGGCCAGCCCUUCCUCAGACCGACCUGUCUCUGAACUCCACUCUCCUCAUCCGAGCAACAGUCCUGCCUCUGAUACUAUCUACUCACCUGAGUUUAACGCCACAGACAGUAAACAGUCUCCUCCAGAGAAAGCCAGCCUCAGCUCUCUUCGACAUUCAGACAGUAGCCAGCCUGGGACUGUCAAUGGCACCAGCGGAAGCAGCAAGAUGCAGGUGCGCUCCAGCUCCAAGACCAGUGAGCCCCACACCAGUGACCCUCAUUCAGCCACUCCAUCCGAGACCACAUCCGAUCAGAGUGAUAUUGAGAGCCGUAUUCGCGCCCUUAAGGAUGAGCUACGCAAGCGCAAAUCAGUGGUGUACCAGCUAAAGAAAGAGCAAAAGAAGAGGCAAAAAGAGCGACUGAAAGCUCAGGAGGCGAGUCUGCUGAAACAGUUGGAGCUCUCGGGACAAACUAACUUUGCCAAUGGAUUCUGGGCCGGGGUUGAACUGGACAACCCUGAGGGAAGUAACAAUGGAACUUACGAUGGGGUGGUGUACUUUGAGUGUAGGGAAAAACAUGGUAUAUUCGCCUCAACAGACGAGAUCUCUCGUCUUCCAGAGAAAUUUGAGGCCAGUGCAGACACUGAAGAUGAAGAUUCAUCAUAUGAUGACCAGCCAAAUAGUAAAAACAAAGGUUCUGAGAAACAGUUGGUACACAGAAAUCUGUUAAACAAAAUGAAAGGAGAAAAAUCUGACCUAGAUUUGCAUCCUGAGGCCAGAAAGCCUUUGGAUGAACAUGAAAAGCCAUUGGAACGCAACAUCAAACAGCUUUCAACUGGGCAAAGCACCUUUAUUAAAUCUCAGCAUAACCUGGAUUUUAAUGAUAUUGACUGCAAUAUCAUUAAAGACUGUGACAAAAGUCGGCACACUGUGCCUAACGGCAGAGACAGGCACAUCAUUUUCAAAUUCGAGGACGCAUCUGUUGAUAAUGUUGGUUCAUUGCUCAAUAAUUUGGAUAAAGGGACAUCUAACAAACAAAAGCAGGAAGAGGAACCAACAGCAGUCAUUUUGGACCUGUUGGUUGAGGAUGAGAAGUCUAGAGUUGAUGUUCUUCAGAAAUCCACUGACAUCUCAAUCGAGGAGGCCAGUCUCGAUAAUAGAGAAGACUUGAAUAACAAAAGGGCUUUGACUACACUAGCAGAUAAACUUGUGGAAAGCUUCUUAAGUGAUGCGGUGAAGCAAUUUCAGAAGAUCAAGAAAGACAAAGAGGAGAAGUUAUCAGCUGCUAAUCAGUUGAAAAGAGACUUCAUCAAUGAAGAUGAUGGACUUAGAAGCAACAAAUUUAAGUCUCAGAGCAGGUCUUCAUCUAAAACAAAGACCGAGAGUUUCCGCUCCUCAUUUGAUGAUGAUCAGGAGGAGCUUUCAUCUCCAGAGCAUUGCAACAGACCUGAGAGCCCUGUACUGGGUACGAGUGGACAGGAAGAGCUAGCUAAACGUCUGGCAGAGCUGGAACUGAGCCGUGAGCUCUUCGAUGUCCUUGGUGAUGAGCAGGACUGGUUUGAUGAGGACUUUGGUCUCAGUUCACGAAAACAACAGCAGAAGCAAAAACGUCAACAGCAGCAAGAUGGGAUUUCUAGCUCCUUGAGUUUAAGUGCGGGAGAACAGGUCAAAACACCACCCAGGCCUGAACUUCCCGUGCAGAUGAAGCAACCUGAGGAGCCUGCCAUCAUUGUUCCUCACACUGUCCAGGAGGUGGAGAAACUGGUCAUCGCUGCUACUCGGGAGAUCUGGAAAAGCUGCAAACUGGGUCAUGGUAGACCAAGCCUGAUUGGAGUAUCCAAACCUCAGCCCUCUAAUAUUUUUCUGGAAGGAGACUCCAAAGCCAGUGACCUGGAGACUCAAUGCCAACAAAGCUACAAACUGGCCAUCUUUGAUUUAUCAUGGGAAGUUAUUCAAGACAUCUAUGCAGAAGAUCCAAAAGUUGAUCAGCCACAAUGGAUGAAGCCACGUCGCCUUAAUUCCACCUACUUCCAUCAGGUGAAAUGCCCCAAUGACAUCACAAUAGUCCAGGAAUUUGUCACCACUGAGGUACUGAAGUUGUGUGGUCUAAAGAAAGAGCAGAACCAGAAAACAGACUGGCAGAAAAUGAUCAAAUUUGGACGGAAAAAGCGAGACAGAGUUGACCACAUUCUAGUCCAGGAGUUGCAUGAAGAGGAAUCCCAGUGGGUGAACUAUGAUGAGGAUGAACUUUUUGUAAAGAUGCAGCUUGCUGAUGGGAUUUUUGAUGCCUUGCUAAAAGACACUGCUGACGUUCUGACCCAAAUCCAAGAGAAGAAGUCCAAAAGAACUCUUUGAUGAUGCCUGUACAGAGAUAUGUUUUAGGUACCUUCUGUUAAACACAAAAUAAAGGAUUUGGCAUAAAAGGACUCUCAGUGAGGAAUUCUCUUUCAGUCUGCUUGUGCAAUCCACGGAAAGUUGUGGAUCCAGGAUUCCAGGCCACAACACCUUGUCAGAGGUCUGACUUGUCAUGGAGUUGUUCACAUUCUCAUCCGGGAAGUCUGAUGAACUCAGCUCUUGAUGGUCCGGUGUUAAUUGUAGCAGCUGUUUGGGUCCAGAUUCCUCAUACUGUGUCUGUUCAUCACCGCUGCUAAAACUGGCUCUGCCAUUCUCAAGUCUUGUGAUUAAAACUCAAGGGUCAGAUCAAAUCAGGACAGAACUAAAGACUCAAAGACUUGUUUUUAUUUCCAACUAGAUUGUAUCAUAAGAAAUACUUUUUUUUUUUCUUCUUUAAUUCUA